AGCCCAAGCAUGUGAUUCCAUUCGAUCCCAAAACAUCCGGAUUUCACAUGAAGAAGUUGAAUCUGCUCGGGGGUGCAAAUGCGUGGGAGAAGUUCGACAAUUACACACUGGUCGACUCGGUGGCGGCUGCUGCAAAAGAGGUCGAGGCUCACGGCGUAUACGAUGCCAUAAUUAUAACGCUGUCGUCCGCGGCCUUGAAACACAACGAUGGCGAUUGGUGCAAAGGGCUCGGCCCCUUGGCCAGAGUCGUUGUCAGUCUGUCUCCCGGCCCGGAUGAUGCACACUUCAUGUCCGAGCGUAUGAACAAGCUGAUCACGAACGGGAUCAUCACAUUCGCUGCUUAUCCCGCACCCCUCGGUCGACCUGUUCGCAACAGGAUUGAGUAUCUGUUGAUGGGUCCUAUGGUGUUGCACGGCCACCCAGACGAGCUGUGUGACGCGAUGAACCGGGGCGGUCUUUGGACUGUCAGCACCAGAAUCGUUCCUAGCCCGCACCACUACAUGUCCGCCCUAUUCAUGCCAUUCUUGGCGAUUUUGGAGCUCAACGGUUGGAGUUUUUCAGGAACUGCAUGCAGGCCUCACAUGCUGCUACAUGCGGCAAGAUCUACAGUGGAGAGUCUCAGGGUGCAUGAGAACGUCAUCCCGUCGUUUGUAUACUUUCUGUUCACCCCACUUUUCUGCUGCGUGCUGAUUACGGCGUACUUAGGUUUGCUUCUGAUCGCACCAUGGUUCGCACCGUUCAACCUUGAGGAAAUGUUCCAGUACCAUUUCAGCAAGGUGCGUGAUCAGACCGUACUGCUGCUGGACGAGACUAUUAAGCUGGGCAGAGAGAAAGUACCACAGACAAUCAAACUACGCAAGCAAUUACACUGAACUGGAGAUGGCUCUUAGCGGAUUGGAACUUGCCACAUCAAGACGUUUCUUGAAGCAUAUUUAUACUGGAUAUAUAUGAGAUCAUUGGUUUUGGUUUUCCAUACGCCAGUCUGUUUGUCUAUUGUGCGAGACUAGCUUAUUUUAACAUAUUAGUAGAGUGCGCAAACUUACACUACCAACAAGAGAGGCUGUUACGAGAAAGUUAUCUGGGAUCUCCGAAUUGACGUCAUUCACUCAUAUGCAUUAAAACUUAUACUUCUUUGGAACACCAUACGACUGUUGUUUCCCGGUCUCUUCCUCUGUGUAUGCCCUCCACCUUCUUUAAACUGCAACUGCUUUAGUUCUGUGUAACUUUGAUUAAUCAACGCUGGAUUCUGCUGCUGCUAUGGAUUCUGCUGUUAUUACUCUAGUUCUUACUAUGCAGCUGUUUACUGCUACUGUGGCUUCUGCUGCUACUGCUACUGUUGUUAAUGUUGGUGCUGCUGUUGUUGCUGUUGUUGUUGCUGUUGUUGUUGCUGUUGUUGUUGCUGUUG